CCCAGCCUCCCUCCCACACCACCCGCCCCCAAGCAAACCCAAGAACAGGCAGUCUCGCAGUUAUUCAGCGACGAAGAAGGCCAGUCAAAUAUAUCAGGAAAUUAUAUUGCUUUAAACCCCAUUAGUAGUUAUGGCAGCAAUUCGAAAAAAGCUGGUCAUAGUGGGGGAUGGAGCCUGUGGAAAAACAUGUCUGCUCAUAGUGUUCAGUAAGGACCAGUUCCCAGAGGUCUAUGUACCCACUGUGUUCGAGAACUAUGUUGCUGACAUUGAGGUGGAUAGCAAACAGGUUGAGCUGGCUCUUUGGGAUACAGCCGGUCAAGAGGACUACGACAGAUUGCGUCCACUUUCCUACCCAGAUACUGAUGUCAUUCUCAUGUGUUUCUCCAUCGAUAGCCCCGACAGUCUUGAGAACAUCCCAGAGAAGUGGACCCCCGAGGUCAAACACUUCUGCCCCAACGUUCCAAUUAUCCUGGUGGGGAACAAGAAAGACCUGCGCAAUGACGAGCACACCCGCCGGGAGCUUGCCAAGAUGAAGCAGGAGCCCGUGAAACCGGAGGAAGGCCGUGACAUGGCCAACAAGAUCAGUGCCUUCGGAUAUAUGGAGUGCUCUGCGAAAACAAAGGAUGGCGUGAGGGAAGUGUUUGAGAUGGCCACCAGGGCGGCGCUACAGGCCCGGCGGGGCAAGAAGAGCAACAAGUGUCUUCUGCUGUAGAGGGGCCACUGCUUCCUGACGUGGGAGUGUGGAGGGGGAGCAACGCGAGAGAGGAACCAACGGACCACCCCCCCCCCCCGCCACCUACGACCGACCCAAACACAUCCACACAUGAGACUGUGCUCACCCGUUUUUACUAAAGGUGUAAUUCUUUUUAUUUUCUGUCUAAGGCAAGUAGUUUUGUCAGUAUUCAACUUUGAGGUCAUGAGAAAUACUUCUUUUUUUUUUGUACUUUUAACCUGAGUCAUUUUGCCAUAUUGAAAGCAACCUUCUUUACAAUUACCAUGCUAUCCAAGAGGUCAGCCAGGGGACCUAUGGUGUCAUACCUGCCAACAGCAUAAAGUGCUUAAGCCCUUCCUGCUGCUCUAAAGGAAUGUUUCCAAGAGCCAACUAGAAGGGUGAAGUACCUAUACACUGUGACCUAUAGUCAUUAAUUAUUUGAAGAUACAGUUAUGCACAUGAACUCGAAAUUGAGUUCUAAUGUGUUUCUUACUGAGAAAAAAAACUAAAACCUAUGUGCUUUAUGAUCACAUGCACAAAUCUGAGAAGACUGGAAACUCAUUUUGUUAAAACACAAAUGUAACUUGGUGUUUUUGUGUAAUAAAUUACUUUGAGAUAA